CAGAGGAGCGCGAGCAGAGGAGGAUUGCAGCAGUUUGUCUCCAAAACAGCAACACAAGCCCGGACGCAAUGCAGACCGAUGAGAAGGUGUUUGACGGCGGUCUGAUGCCCGACGCCAAUGGAAAAGAUCCAAACAUGAGCGGACAGACAGAGGGCUCCAAGUGGCAGAAGCCACGGCUCACGCGUAAAUCUCUGAUGAAGUGUUGUCUCGUCAAGUGGAUCAUCGCCAGCACGACACAACAGGGCCCAGAUGGUGAGCCUUUUGAGUUAUAUGCAGCCAUUUUAAUUCUUUGCCUCCCAUCCAUAUGAUUUUACUGCAUUCGACUCCCACCUUGCCUGUUUCCCUCUUUUUCUUUCUUUCUUUCUUGUCUUACCUAUGUUUCCUCCUUCUUUUCUUCCUUCCCCUCCUGUAUUGCACCUCCCUCGAUUUCUCUGUUUCCCUCUGACAGACAGCAACGACGGUGACCUUGAGCUCUCCAUGGUGCGUCACCAACCCGAGGGUCUUGAUCAGCUGCAAGCCCAGACUCAGUUCACCAGGAAGGAGCUGCAGUCACUUUACAGAGGAUUCAAAAAUGAGUGUCCCAGCGGACUCGUGGAUGAAGAAACAUUCAAGACCAUUUAUUCACAGUUCUUCCCUCAAGGAGAUGCGACGACAUAUGCACAUUUCUUGUUCAACGCUUUUGACAUGGACAGAAGCGGCUCCAUCCGCUUUGAAGACUUUGUGAUAGGAUUGUCUGUGUUGCUUAGAGGCUCCGUUACAGAAAAACUGCGAUGGGCGUUUAAUCUAUACGACAUCAAUAAGGACGGCUACGUCACCAAGGAGGAAAUGUUGGCAAUAAUGACAUCGAUUUAUGACAUGAUGGGCAGGUAUACUUUACCCAGUGUACGAGACGAUUCCCCUUUUGAGCACGUGGAGAAAUUCUUCCAUAAAAUGGAUCGUAACAGAGACGGGGUGGUGACAAUAGAUGAAUUCAUAGACACCUGCCAAAAGGAUGAAAGUAUAAUGGCUUCAAUGCAGCUCUUUGAAAACGUCAUCUAGUGUCUUUGGGCAGACAUGAGUCAGUAAUGCUGCAAAGUGCUUCCAGCUUCAAGCCUCUGGGUCUGAAAUAAAUUCAUAAAUCAAUUAAUCCUGAAACAGCCAAACACUCUUACUUCUCCAGACAAA